AUGAACGUUGUUGAUGCAGAAAGAAAUCUGGGAUGGAUCGCUCUGCCUACACCCAUUGAUGGGCUGAGGGCGUAUAGCAGUGGAUGUGGAAAAUUAACAGAUUUUGGGCACAUUACACCUUCUGGUUAUCUGAUUUUCGCUAAGUAUCACUGCAUUUCCAUGUGGCGUGGAAUUCGAAUGUUACCAGGCUAUGAAAAGGUAGUGGGACGAAUCUGCUCAGGCCAAUACCCUAGAUGGCUUGAUGAUGGAACAGUGGCAGUGGGUGUUGCUCCUGAUAAUCUGCACGGGCAUAGUGGAUCCUUUGGACCAGUUUCAGACUGCGUUGGACCAUUAGUUCCCACCGGAAAUAUUGAUCUUGCCAAGUUACGAAAGUUCGACUUUGACGAAUGCUUCCUGACUGACGCUGCUACAAGUAACGCUCGGAGUCGGUCAAAAAUUGAAGUUGGGGACAUAGUGCGAAUUCGAAAUGUGAAGGGGACCAGAAUCGUCGUAUCCCGAACUCCUACUGGUUUUUGGACGGUUGGUUUUGGAGGUCAACUUGAUCUUGCCAAGUUACGAAAGUUCGACUUUGACGAAUGCUUCCUGCCUGAUGCUGCUACAAGUAACGCCCGGAGUCGGUCAAAAAUUGAAGUUGGGGACAUAGUGCAAAUUCGAAACGUGAAGGGGACCAGAAUCGUUGUAUCUCAAACUCCUACUGGUUUUUGGACGGUUGGUUUUGGUGGUCAACUGUACGUGGAAUCAAGUGAUGUUGUACUUGCUUCUGAAACUGUUUGUUUGAGGGGUGAUGAGUAG